AUGUGGACUUUGCAUCAAGGGUUUCUUUCUUUAGUGGAGAAUACUUGGAAGAGUAGCAGGAUUCAAGGGAAUGGGCUUGAGAUUCUUGUUGGGAAACAUAAGAAGCUAAAACUAGUUCUUUGGAGUUGGAACAAGGAAGUUUUUAGGCAUGUUGAUAAUCAUAUUCGAGAGCUUGAGGGAAAAGUUGAAUUAUUAGAAGAGUCUCUUCAACAAAAUUUCUCUUAUGAAGUGGAUGCUGAUUUGACAAUGGCUAGAAAUGAUCUUGAGUUGUGGGCUCAUCGAGAAGAGAUAAGGUUAGCACAACAAGCAAAAAAAGGGUGGCUUGAGGAGGGAGACCAAAGCUCUAAGUUUUUCCAUGCAGUUAUUGCUCAACGGAGGAAUCAGGCUUGUGUAAAGCAGAUGAGACUACCAGAUGGGUCUACACUUGACUCUCCUGAGAUGGUACAUGAAGGUGCAACAGUCUAUUUUGAACAUUUUAUGACUAAUGACGUGGAGGUGGAGGAACCUAUGUUGGAAGAUAUCAUUCAGCCAGUGUUGUCUCUACAGGAUAUUGAAGGUCUGACUUCCCUUCCCAUGGAGCAAGAGGCAUAUGGUGGAACAAAAUCGUAUGAUGUUGAGGUUGAUCAGUGGAGAAACAGAUUCACUGCUCCUGGCGAGGAGCCUUACAAGACAUUGCCUGGAGAUGUAUUUGUUUUAGCAGAUGCCAAACCCGAGGAUGUUUCUGAUUUACAAAGAAUAGGAAGGCAAUGGGAUUUUGUAGCUGUCACCAAAAUUCCAGAGGCUGUGAAUAAGGAUGAUGAUGUGAAUGAGGAUGAUGAGGAUGAUGAUGUGAAUGAGGAUGAUAGCACAUCAACCAGAUUCGAAGUCAAAGUAUUGCAAGACAUUGAAGUUGACGUUGGGAACCAUAAGUCUUCGUUUGUGAUUUUCUUGAUAAAUACAAUCCCUAACAAGAGAAUAUGGAACGCAUUGCACAUGCGGAGAAAUCUACAGAUUAUCAAGAAAGUUUUGUGCAGUAAUUCUUUGAUUGAGGAAGAUUGUGAUAUCUGCUCUGCCGAGAUUGAUGGCAGCUGGCAUGAGAAAUUUGGGACCAGUAUAAAUUAUAAACUGAAUGAACCCCAAACCCAGACAUUUCUGGCAUGUCUUCGUAAGAUGCAUUGCAGCCACAAGACGGAAGUGGAACUUAUAUGGGGCCCGCCCGGCACUGGGAAAACAAAAAUCAUUAGUACUCUGCUCUUAUCGUUUUUUAGAAUGGGAUAUAGAACUCUUACCUGUGCCCCAACAAAUGUUGCAGUUAGUGGCCUACUGCAUAACAGAGUUGGUGAAAGAAGCGCUUGAAACUGAUGAUUCGUUUUGCUCAUUGGGAGAUAUUCUUUUGUUUGGAAAUAAGGAGCGACUCAAACUUGGUUCAGACAUUGAAGAGAUAUAUUUAGAUUAUCGGGUCCAAAGGCUUACAGAGUGCUUGGGAUAUCUGACUGGUUGGACUGAUUCAAUGAUUGAUCUUCUUGAGGAUUGUGUUUCCCAGUACCACAUGCUCUAGGAAAAUGAAUCGACAAGAGAGAGAGAAAAGAGCAAAGAAAAAGAGAUCAAAGAGGAAAGCAGGGAGGAAACUGAUGCUAGCAACGAAAUGUACAAGUCAUUUCUUGAUUUUGUGAGAAAAAGAUUCGUUUCCAUUUCAUCACCACUCAAAAAUUGUUUUCUAGUCUUCUGUACGCAUUUACCCAAAAGUUACACUCAAAGCAAUUUCAAAAACAUGAUUUCUCUAAUUGGCCUGCUUGAGUCUUUUGAAACCUUAUUGUUUCAAGAUAGUGUGGAGUCUGAAGUACUGGAGGAGCUUUUUUCUCGUUUAGAAGUAGUUAGAGAUACUUCGCAGCCACUUAUGGAUAUUCACUUCCAGUUGCAAGGAAGGAGAAGAGAAUGCCUUUCUGUUCUAAAAACUCUUCAGGGUUAUGAACUUGAGCUUCCAAUGGGUAUGGACGAAGAAUCAAUAAUGGAUUUUUGUCUUCAAGCGGCUUCCUUACUUUUAUGUACUGCUUCAAGUUCUUACAAACUGCGUUCGGUGGCAAUGAGACCACUGAGCAUUCUGGUUAAACUUCCAGGUUUAAGGCAUGCUAUGUUAGAAUUUUCAACUUGAGAAAAGGAAUGUGAGAAAAGGAAUGAGAUGAGACGAGACAACUUGUGAGGUGAAGAAAA